GUAUUGGGGUGCAAAGGGCGGUGUUUUGGGUGACUAGAAGAAGGGCAACAACAGCGAUGAGAGUGGAACAGAGGAAAGGACGCGGGGGACUUGUUGCAUAUCUUUAAGCGCAAAAGUGCGCAGUGUGCACUGGGAGAGCCGGGCUGCUGGAGAGGCUGCUGUAUCACACUUGUUGGCUGCCAUUGAGCAUGACAUAUUGGGCAGAGCGGGAGGAGAGAGCCAUGAAGUCCAGUGAAGGAGCCGGGAGGAGCGCUCUCUCAGCUGACAGAGACGGGGAGAAGGCAGAGCUCAAUAUUGUGCCCGCUGGCGACCCCUGGAAGGAAUGUAUGGAGACGGCGGUGCAGCUGGCCCUCCGAGCCGGGCAGGUCAUAAAGAAAGCUCUGACUGAAGAAAAAAGGGUCUCAACCAAAACGUCUGUGGUGGAUCUUGUCACUGAGACUGAUCAUCUAGUGGAAGAGCUAAUCAUUUCAGCACUGCGAGAGAAGUUUCCCUCACACAAAUUUAUUGGUGAAGAAUCUACCUCUGCAGGUUCUAAAUGUGUUCUUAGUGACAGCCCAACCUGGAUUAUUGAUCCUAUAGAUGGAACGUGCAACUUUGUACACAGGUUUCCUACGGUUGCUGUUAGCAUUGGAUUUGCUGUCAAUCAAGAGCUUGAAUUUGGUGUGAUUUAUCAUUGCACAAAUGGAAACAUGUAUACUGGGAGAAAAGGUCAUGGUGCUUUUUGCAAUCAGGAGAGACUCCAUGUGACACAAGAAACUGGGAUAAGGAAUGCUUUCAUUUUAACAGAAAUUGGUCCAAAACGUGAUCCAGCAACCUUGAAAUUAUUCUUGGGUAACAUGGAAAAAAUGCUUCAAUUCCAAGCUCAUGGAAUUCGUGUGAUUGGAAGUUCCACCUUGGCUCUUUGUCACAUAGCGUCCGGUGCUGCUGAUGCCUAUUAUCAAUAUGGGCUCCAUUGCUGGGAUUUGGCUGCAGCAACUGUUAUAAUCAGAGAAGCUGGUGGAGUUGUGAUAGAUACUACAGGGGGGCCUCUGGAUCUCAUGUCAUGCCGAGUGAUCGCAGCUGGGACUAUGGAACUUGCACAGAGUAUAGCACAAAUGCUACAGACUAUUGACUACGGCAGAGAUGAUGAGAACUGAAAUAUAUCUGAUUUUCUUGACAAUAACAUGGUUCUGCACCGGAUUAUGAUUGUGCAAUGGAUAUUUUAAUGGCUUAUCUUAUUAGAACAAGUACAUAGGCUUUUGUUUAGCACGCAACUGUUUAUAUGAAAUGUGAGGGAGGGUUUGUUGUGUUUUUUUUUUUUUUUUUUUUAAUCUGAUUUAGUUUUUUUUUUUGUUUUUUAAUUUCGAUUGCUUUUCAGGGGUAAUUUUUAUGUCUUUAUACAUGAGCUAACUGUUUUCACAAUUGUCCUGGAGUUAAAAUCUAAUGUGUUUUGUGAAAUAUGCAGCUUAAAUUAAACUUUAUUUUUUCACUA